AUGAUCCCGGCCCACGGUUCCGACGACGAUUUCUGCUCUUUCAUCGCAAAUAAUGCCAACUACACAGUCCUCGACAUCCAAUAUCGCCUCGCACCAGAAGAUCCAUUCCCAGCAGCUUUCCACGACAUCGAAGAUAGCAUCCACUACGUCCUUUCAUGCUCAAAUACAUUUGACUCGAAAAGAAUCGCCAUCUCAGGCUUUAGCGCAGGCGGGAAUCUCGCUCUAUCAAUCUGUUCCUCAUCGACCUUUGUCGCCCGAGAGGCCAUCUCGUCUACCAUUGUUUUCUACGCACCCACCAAUCUGGCAGAGGAUCCUGGAGAGAAAAGGGCUCCGGAGUCAUCGUCUAAGAAGAUACCGGCGGCUCUCUCGCGGUACUUUCAUAAGUGUUAUAUCCCAUCGGGUGUGGAUCCUAGGGAUCCAAUGAUUUCUCCGCUCUUUGCUGAUCCGGAAGUAUUUCCCGGUCGGGUUCUUGUCAUUACUGCGGCUCAAGAUGCCUUUGCAGAUGAGGGGGAGGUACUGGCGAGGCGGAUAGGAGAUUUACCGAAUCGGCAUGUUGUUGUCAAGAGGGCAGAGGGAUGUCCUCAUGGGUGGGAUAAGUUUGCCGUAGAAGGGACGGUGUUUGGAGAUGCUAGAGACAUGGCGUAUAAACUGGCGGUAGAUACAAUGCUUGGGAGUUGCUAG